AAAGUUGCAGCCAGCAUGGAGAAAAUGGAAAUUCAAGACAAGAAAAAGGCACGAUCUUAAUUCCUUCAAUUUUUCCACUAUCAGAUUUUCAAUGUCUUCUAUGCUAGCCAGAAUUUCCAUUUACCGUGUAUCCAAGAAACUACUGGGCAGAAUUGUCAAAACUAUGAGCACUGUUCCGGAGGAAGUAGGAACCAACGUAGGUGAUGCUCCACAGGUGAAAAAAGCUCCCAAAGACAAGAAAAAAAAGAAGGCUGGCGCUAGUGAGACUGGACACCCAGUUGAGUUGAGUCCAUGGCCUGAUUAUAUACAGUCACGUAUUGAAAUGUUUGAGAAACUCAAGUCUGAGUAUAAUGAUGAAAUAUCAGCCAAAGAAAAGACUCCUAUUAAAGUAACCUUACCUGAUGGUAAGGAAGUAGAUGCACAGGCGUGGCUGACCACUCCAUAUAUGGUAGCACAAGGUAUCAGUCAAGGCCUUGCUGAUAACACUGUUAUUGGUAAAGUGAAUGGUGUUUUAUGGGAUUUAGAUCGACCUUUAGAAGAAAACUGUUCUUUACAAUUGCUGAAGUUUGAUGAUGAUGAAGGACAGCAGGUUUUCUGGCACUCCAGUGCUCACAUGUUGGGAGAAGCUAUGGAGCGACACUAUGGUGGAUGUCUGUGUUAUGGUCCACCAAUAGAAACUGGAUUCUUUUAUGACAUGUAUUUGGAAGGAAGACAAGUUUCUAGUAAUGACUUUCCUAAUCUGAUGCAAGUUGUCAAGAAAAUUCAGAAAGACAAACAACCAUUCGAGAGAUUGGAGAUGAAGAAGGAAGAUUUGUUAAAAAUGUUUGAGUAUAAUCAAUUCAAAGUGCGAAUCUUGAAUGAGAAGGUUACCACGCCAACUACCACUGUGUACAGGUGUGGGCCGCUCAUAGAUCUGUGUCGUGGUCCCCAUGUAAGGCAUACUGGGAAAGUCAAGGCAUUGGAGGUUGUCAAGAACUCUGCAACUUAUUGGGAAGGCAAGGCAGAUGCUGAAUCCCUUCAAAGAAUAUAUGGAAUCUCUUUCCCUGAUACUAAACAGCUGAAGGAAUGGAAGCAUUUCCAGGAGGAGGCAGCUAAGAGAGACCACCGGAAGAUUGGACGUGACCAGGAAUUGUACUUCUUUCAUGAACUCAGUCCAGGCAGCUGUUUUUUUCAUCCCAAAGGAGCUCAUAUCUACAACACACUUAUCAAUUACAUCAAAGUGAGUCAAAAUCUCUGCAUAUUAAUUAACUAUUUUACGAGUACUGUAUUGAACCAAAGUCAUGUUAGUUGUGUUUGUUCUUUCUCUCCAUUACGUGUAACUGUCAUGAAAUGCUCUCAUUUCUUCCAAUCCUGUAGUUUAAUAUUUGACACCAGACCUCGAUCAUGGCGAGAAUUACCAUAUCGUAUGGCUGAUUUUGGUGUUUUGCAUCGUAAUGAGUUGUCGGGAGCACUGACUGGUCUUGUAAGAGUUCGUCGAUUUCAACAGGAUGACGCCCAUAUAUUCUGUAUGUCUGAACAGAUUGUUGAUGAAAUGAAAGGCUGUUUGAAUUUCUUGAAAAGUGUUUACGACACCUUUGGUUUUACUUUCACCCUUGUGUUGUCUACAAGACCUGAAAAAUUCCUUGGUGAAAUUUCAGUCUGGGAUAACGCUGAAAAGAACCAGAUCUUGGUUGUGUAUUGGCAGAUUCAAUUCACUACCCAUGAUGGCACUGAAAAACGUCCUGUUAUCAUUCAUCGUGCAAUUCUGGGUUCAGUGGAAAGGAUGAUAGCUAUAUUGACUGAAAGUUAUGGCGGUAAAUGGCCAUUUUGGCUGUCUCCACGUCAAGCCAUGGUUGUUCCUGUGGGGCCCACUGUGCAUGACUUUGCGGAGGAGGUUAAAGAUGAAAUUUACAAAGCUGGCUUUUUGUGUGAUGUAGAUGUUGAUCCAGGUGAUACAAUGAAUAAAAAAAUACGCAAUGCACAAUUGGCACAGUACAACUUCAUUCUUGUUGUUGGUGAGAAAGAAAAGACCAACAAAACUGUCAAUGUGCGUACUAGAGACAACAAAGUGCAUGGUGAACACUCAGUAUCUGCAAUUAUCGACCGUUUCCAUCAUUUACGUGACAACAAGCAGUUAGACAGUGAAGAAAGUUUUUAAAACCUCAAGUUGUUGCCAUUUCACAUAAUGCAUCUACAAAACCAUUCAUGUCUUUCUGUAGAUCAAUCUGUGCAAAAUUACAAUUUUCUUAUGCAGUCGAAAGAAUUGUCUUUCACAAUAAUGCAACAAAAAAUGGCAGCUAGAAUUAAAGUAACCUACACUACUUGAUCCUAUAAUUGUUAUAGCGCCCUCAAAUGACAGUACUCUGAAAUCAUGUUCAUAUUAGAUUGGAACAGCAGCGUCUAACAAGUUAUCUUUUCAGCAACUUUUUCAUUUAACAGUAUGUACAUUUCUAAUGCAAGCUUAAACCAUUUUGGACCUUAUAUUUUGAAUCAUUUGUAAACAGUAGAUUCUAUAAGUGUUAGAUUAUGAUCAUUCGACUCUCUUAUUCAGUCAGACUUCGCAUACAAAAUGGUUUACUCUCGAUUCCAUCCCAUAAUAGUGUUUAGUGCAUGUAAAUUUAAAACUUGUGUUGUAAUUUAUUUUCAAGACCAUUAGAAACUUGAUUUUAGCCCCACAAGUUUGUUCUUUUAGUAAAAAUAAUGGCCGUUGGUGAUCUAUAAAUUGUGUGCAACAUUUUAGUUACAUUUGUACAUUUUUCACACACUCAAGUAAAUCAAAAAAUAAAUUUAUGAACAAAUAAAUUACCCACUUCCAAAUAUAUUUAUGUGGAAAUAUCAAAUUCAGUCAAAAAUAUUGAAACAAUCUUUAUCUGCUAUCGACUUAUAGCUUAUACUAUGUACUGUGGCACAUGUAGCAAAACAGGAUUGCACUCCAUUGAUAUUUGGUCAUAAAAAUUCCACUGGAGUUGCAUGGAAAUUGUAGAAAUCAUUAAUUUCAAUAACUGCAAAUCUACAAAAUUGGCCAAUCGGGAACACAAAUACAUUAUUGUAUGGAUAAUUUAUAAAUUUCGGAAUGAGGAAAACAGCAGUGCCAAGUAAUUCUGAAGAUAGACACAGUUACUGAAUAGCUAUGAGAAGGACAUGUCCUAAGAAAGAAAAUUUUUUUUUAGUGAUGAAUGUUAAGGAUCAAAACUAUCUACAUUAAUAUCACAAUGAUUUAGACCUGAUGUAACACAAGAUUCGGGUAGCAUCAACUUAGCAUUUGGAUUUGAACUUGACACGCAUUGACAAUGAACUGUUCUGUAUUCUAGAUGGCAUCUAGGGAAAAACAAAUUUUGUGAAAAUAAAUCUCUUGAAUUCUAAAAUUGUUCUCUCGCCAAAACAAGUUUUUACAGUAGUGUCACAAUGAUACAUUAUUUCAUAUUUCUGUAAAUCGUCUCACAAUAUUAAUAAACUUACAACUU